GAAAUCCCCUCUUACGCGCUGUAACCGUGACGGGGUUUUUUCCGCGUCUUUGAACGCGCCGCUCAAAUGGUUCGCACCCUGGCGGCUCGACCACAGCUCGGUGAACUCAACCGAGCUGGACAGCAGGCAAGAUGAACCAGGAAGAGGCUUUUGCAGAGCUGAAGAAGCAUAUUCGCUCCUUGCUCAUAUCAUCCAAGACGGGUCUGGACCCUGAUAAUCUCAGGCAAGACUAUGUCACUAUGAUAGGGCGUCCCAUUCCCCUGAAACUCCUGGGCUUCAGAAAUGUCAUGGAUAUGGUGAAGGAGAUGCCCGACGUGGUGUCUAUUAACUUCAGGGCAGACGGUGGAAUUCUCUUAAAGGCUGUUAGCAAUGAGUCGACCCGGAACAUUGAGGAGCUGGUGGCCAAGCAGCGCAUUUCUAAGGGCAACAAGAAAGUCAGCAGGGGCGGUUUUGGCUACUUCUUGCCCCGCUACCAUCACAAGUCCCCCUCCGUGGUCCUUCCUAGAAGAGGACGUGCUCCUCCAGCUCUCCCUGGCCAGCUCAGGGCACAGCUUCGCUUCCUUCUCGCCCAGCUCCUCUCUCAGGGUCCUCUCAGGUUAUCUGAUCUGGAGUGCAGCUUCCUGCGCUGCUUUGGCCACCCCCUGCGCAUCCACAACCACGGCUUCUUCUCCAUCGGAGAAAUGCUCGAGGCAGUGGCAGACCUCAUCCUCAUCCAGCAGAGCAGGCUGGGCUCAGUUCUGACCCUGAGGGAACACAUGGUACCCAGGCCACUGCUCACACCGUCCAGUUCAACACAGAAGACUGGACCUGUGAAACAAAAAUCGCCUAUAAAUGAAAAGCCGGCAUCCAAAGGGCCAGGCACUAGAGCUCAGACAGCAACAGUACCCCCAGCUCAAGUCCCGGUGAAGCAGGGUCACCUGAACCAGCCUCUUGCUGAGACUACUUUGGGCCCUGACUGUAAAUUGUGCGUAACUGUCAGUAACGAGCCAAUCGUGGUUGAGAAGAACCAGGAAGCUGAACCAGAGCUCUGCCAGGAAGGUCAGCUCUUUCAGAAACGUGUCAUCAAGCUGGAAGAGGAGCUUCGCCAGCGAAUCCUUGAGAAUGGAGUAGCUGGCACCAUUAGUCCGGAGCUGAAGGAGAAAAUGCGAAAGGUUGUAGGUCAGACCACUGGUGGAUUAUCGGUGCACAAUCUGCCGGCUGAGUAUAAGAAAGUUUUUGGGGAGGAGCUGCCGCUGCAACAGAGUGGCUUUGUCAGUGUCACUGAACUGGUCGGCGCCAUGAGUGACACCUUCCACCUCAAACCUGCAGAGGGUGACAAUGGACACCACUGGAUAGUCGUGGACAUUCAGGAGAGUGACAGCACUCAAUCAGGCUAUUACUUCCGCUGUGGACAAUCUUCUUGGGAAGGAAAACUGGAAUCAGACAAUGAUGAUAUCACAGCGGACGAUAAGGACGAGGAGCUAGAGACCAGUUACAAUUCCAAGAUCCAACAGAAGAUGCCUGAGAUGUACCCGACUAUUCAGGUGCAUCACAGCCCUGCAGUGCCCCUGGAUGCCCUGCAGAGUCAACGCCUCAGACCGCCAAUGCAUCGUCAAGCUCAAGAGCUGGUCCAACUUCUGGUGGAACACGUGGAGUCGCCGGGACAUUUCUACAUCCGCUUCAGCAACAGUGAGGAGGCGCGGGCUACGGAGGACAUGAUGAUCGAGAUGAGACGAUGUUACUCCUGUCCAAAGGUGUCAGAGUGCUACCGCCUGCCUAAGCAGUUUGUCCGACAGGGUCAGGUGUGCUGCGUGUCACCCGAUGGAAUAUGGUUCUACCGAGUGGUGAUCCACCGGAUCAUCAACCCCACUCAAGUUGAGGUGUAUUUUGUGGACUAUGGUGUUACGACUGUUGUGCAGAGCGGCAACCUCAAGUUCCUGAAGUCAUGUUAUUCGUUUCUUCCAGCACAAGCUGUUCCAUCAUCACUGGCUGGAAUUAAACCCACCACUGGCAGCUGGACUGACAAGGCCACAGCUUGUUUCCAGAAGCUUUGCUCUGAGCGCAUCCUGGUGGGCUUUUUGUAUUGUUACACUGGAGAUGUGCUGCAGCUCUACCUGUGUGACACACACACUGCUGACGACAUCCACAUCCACAUGGCCCUGCUGAGCCAGGGACAUGGGACACCCUGCAGCCCUGCAGCCAGUGCAGCACUCUGUGUCCAGUUCAGUCCAGUGAGUCUCUACCUGGGGGACGGAAAGGUCGACCUGCCAGAGGUAGAAGAGAUGACCUCCUGCCCUGAGCCAGCAAACACUCCUGAACAGUCAAUGUCAGCCACACUUGAGGGAGAAGAGGAAGAGGUGCCCGGCCUGGAGUUUAUUGCGGACAGUGAGGUCAAUCCCCACAUCCAGGGGACACAGACUUCCAACCUGUUUGGUGCCCUGCUAAAUAACCAAACACUCAGUUGUAGUGAAUUGACCCGGGCCUUGUCCAAUGAAUCUCCUCCUACUGACCCUACAAGUCCCACGUUGAGCCCCCUCGCCCCUCCAGAUCUGAUCCAGACCAAGACAACCCCAGAGCACUGUAAAGCUGAUCUCAGAAUGUUGAGCAUAAGUCCUCCAACAACAACUUCCAGCAUUAAUUCCGGCUCCAGCUGUCGGACACCAGAUGAGGAGCAGCACCCAAAAAAGGACGCUGCCCCUCCGUUGGUCAGACCCCCUCCGAUCCUCAGGACCCUCAGCCUCCUGACCCCUGACCUGGGACAAAUCCACAACUGCAAUCAGGGUGCACCUGUUUCUCUGCUCCACACGCGCAACUCUGGCUUCCUGUUUCCUUGGUUUGGGGCCAGGUAGGUUUUGCCUCGUACAGCCCCCAACCCCAAACCAACUCCCAACAACCCAAACACCUGAAUGAGUCAAAUGCUAAGGAAAGGAUAUUUUCAGUAAUUCCUUAAUAACUGUUAAAGUAAAUCAUUUUGUCAGAGAGGAAUAGAGGCAUGCACUGACUUGUAAAGUGUUCAAAUACUUUUCAUAAGAAGUUCAUUUUCAAAGUCAUUUUAAUCUAAUCUACUUCAGUUAAACUGUACGAUUGGCUCCGUUGGCUUGUUAAUACUGAAUUGGUUUCCCUUUUUCUAAUUGAAGAAAAACACAAAAAUAUGGAAAUUGAUGGUUGGUCUUUAAAUGUGAAUACGGUUAUGAGUUCUCCUUGUUUUAAAACAUUUUUUUUGUUUGGGUCAAGCAUUACCAUCAAGGGCAUCAAGAUUCCUGUGGUAUGACAAAUCAGUUUUAUAUUGUUCUGGGGAGGUUGAUACUAUUCAAAAAUCUGCUAUUAUGAACAUUACAGUAACAUGUAAGUCAUGAAAAAUGUAUAUUAUUUUGGGAAAUAAAUUUUAUUUGAUAUUUUUGAAUAUAUAACUAUUUCAACUUGAGUCAUGUGAUGAUUCUUGGUGGAGAGUUUUGAAAGUGGAUGUUUCUUUUUCAUAGAUCCAAUGUAAAGUGAAUUUUAAGACACAAAGACAUCUUUCUUUAUUCUUCAACCACUUAAAACUAAUCCAACCACUAAACAUGAUUAGGACAAGAAUCAUAUACAUAUAAUGGAUAUAAGUUGUUAAUAUAAACCACGUUACCAAUUAAGGAUAUAACUUUAUCUUUGCUUUGUGAAAUCCACUUCAGACAUUUUUAGUUGCAUUGCAUAAUUUGUCUUUUUCUGUAUCCACGCUGGUGGUGUAGGGGAUGGACCUGUCAGUGUAACAUUGGCGAUCCCCUGACUUGAGUUAAUUUUUUGCAUUUUUGUUAAAAUGUUUAUAUUGAUUGAAACAAUUGACAUUAAAAUUGAUACAGACCUUCUA